CUCAUUCGCUCCUCUUCCUCGCGCUCUUCUGCCUCUUGCAGCCUCCACUUCUCCGUCGUCGGAACCAUCCUCUUUGUAUCAAUCAACGCGAAUCAACUUUUACUGCAAAGAAGAGCAUCGUUCAGAAACAGUGUCUGUGAAACCCUGUGUUUGAUUCCUCCCACAUAUCUCUGGCCUCCAUUCACACAAGGAUGGCUGCGCCCAAGACCAUAAAAAUUGAUGUUGUCUCAGAUUUCGUAUGCGCAUGGUGCUACAUCGGACAUAUCGAACUCGAGCGUGGCAUGGCGCUUGCAAGGUCUCGCGGUCUACCUGUAGACUUUGCAGUCAAGUACCACCCGUUCAUCCUAUUCCCGAACCUCCCGGAGGAUAGGCCUGUCAAUAAGGAACAGUUUUACCAAGUCAAGUUUGGGUCGAUUGAGAAGGCCCAGGAGAGGUUGGGGUUGGUGAAGAUGAGGGCGAAGGAGGAUGGGCUUGACUUCUCCUUCGGCGGGAACAUUAGUCACUCACUCCGUGCACACCGUCUUUUGCAAAGAGCCUACCUGCACGGUGGGCAGCGUGCGCAGGGUGCACUCAUCCGGCGCUUCUUCCGUGCCUUCUUCGAAGACGAGAAGGACGUUGGGGACCUCACUACGUUAGCGAAGUUGACGUCUUCGCAAGUCUACCCUUUCACUCCGCUUAGUCAAAACGGCAACUCUUCUCCGGAAAUCACGCUAACGCGUACGGAGAACGACGAAGGAGAGUUCGACCCACACGCAGACGACGAGAGUGCCGCGAUCUUCGACAGCGAGGAAGAAGCGGUUGAGUGGAUAGAGGGGGCGGAAUUGGAGAAGGAAGUGAGGAGUUUGACGGCUGAUGCAGCGAGGAAGGGUGUUGCUGGUGUACCGUUUACCGUUAUUGAUGGACGGUGGGCGGUUAGUGGGUGCCAGAAGCCGGAGUGUUAUUACAAGAUAUUUGAGAAGCUGGCGACAUGUUCUGACGUACCGCCUCCUGCUAUGAUGAAAGCGGAGGGACCGUGUGGGCAGAGGAUCUGUACGCCGAGCGCUGCUACUGCGUAAUCGUAACCAGAAGCAGGCGGUUAUUACUUAUGUCCAUCCAUGGUUCUUCGAAACGGUGUUUUGGUCUGGUCGACUCGCUUUGAUUUACGGACUUUCAAGAAGAAACGUGUUAAGGAGCAGCAAUCAGCAAUCACGCAUAGCUUUAGGUUUGGGGAAUACAGUAGUUGCUUCGUUGUUGUUUAUUUGAUCCUGUGUAUAUGCUUGCUUAUUUUUGAAAGCGACGCUUUGCGGUUCUUUCUGUCUGUGGAUGUAGUUCCAUUUCCUCUUCCCUUGUUUUGUUUUCUUAUAUAUAUUCACUUUUUUCCCCUUCAUUUUCUUUGUGUCUCUAGUUUUUUUUUACAGUGUUGGUGUUUCUUCUUCGUUGAUGUUUACCUAUUGUUGUGAUUAUUUGUCUUUAGUGUUGUUCUUAACGUAUUUUUGUUUCUUUUGUUCUUUUUUGUGAGUUACAAAUUACAUGUGAUCUGAGCGUGUAUUAAGACGAGUGCACGUCAGGUUCUGUAAAGGC